UCGCGCGAGGGUCGAACAGGCCGCGCGGGCCAGUCGCUCGGCGACGCCCGGCGCGACAUGGUGCGUCUGUGCGCGCGAAGCCUGCUGCUGAAGAGCGGGCAGAGUCGCCUGGUGGACGUCAGGAGCAGCAGCGGCGGGGUCGAUAGCUCGAGCGAGGGUCGAUAGCUCGCGCGAGGGUCGAACAGGCCGCGCGGGCCAGUCGCUCGGCGACGCCCGGCGCGACAUGGUGCGUCUGUGCGCGCGAAGCCUGCUGCUGAAGAGCGGGCAGAGUCGCCUGGUGGACGUCAGGAGCAGCAGCGUCGGGCCGAGCGAGGGCGCCCCCAGCGACGGCGGGUCGUGCGGGGCUGCGGUGCGCUGUCCGCCGGCCAUCUCGCGCUUGCGGGUGGAGAAGAUAGAGGGCGGCCUGAUGGUGGCCGGCGUGGUGGUGGCGGCCAACUGCCAGGUGGCGCUGCCCGCCUUCGGCUUCCUCUUCAUCCUGGUGGGCAUCGUGCUCACCGCCGCCUCGUACAGGGGCCCGGGCCAGGACGAGGAGCCCGACCACUACGCGGACCGGGUCGCCUUCACGGGCAACUCGCGCGUGCUGGGGCCCGCCUGCAUCGUGGUGGGCGCCGUCAUGCUGGCCGCCGGCGCCGGCCUGUGGCUGCUCACGAGGCGCGCGCGCCGGCGCGAGAGGCGCGUGGGCUUCCACUGCCCGCUGCACGGCGACUUCUACCCGCUCAGCCCGGCGCCCAGCGCGCGCAGCCAAGGCAGCAAGCAGCCCGCGCCGUGGUCGCUGUUCUGGCGGGGGGCGGCGCGGGGGGCGGGCUUCACGGCACCGCCGCAGUGCCCGCACAGCUCCGUGUCCAGCACCCGGAGCUCCGUCAGCAGCGCCGCCGCCAGCCCCUGCCCCACGCCGCUGCCCUUCCUCGUCACCUCGGGCUCCGUCAGCAGCGGCAUGGUGCUGGCGGCCGGGACCAACAUCUCCCCGGACCAGACGUUCGGCAGCAUCCGGUCGCUGUCGGUGUCGCGCGAGGUGGCCAGCUUCCCGCUGUCCCGCACCCCCACCCCGCCGUCUCUCUCCCCGCAGUCGCUGCACAGGACGCUGUCUCCGCCCCUGGCGGCGAUGGAGGAGGGCUUCGCGCCGCCCCCGGGGAUCACCGUGGUGGCCCCCGCGACGACGGGGCCGGAGGCGGGGGAGUCCCGGCCCAGCGCGAGGGGCGGCCCGCGCAAGUCCGUGUCCAUAGUCCUGCCGGAGGAGGGCAAGGGCUGACCGUCCCCGGGGCUCCCCGGGCUGCGGGAGACGCCCUGCUGACGCCCCGCGCUGACACGCGCUCUUCCCCCGGGAAGUUCUCGACGCGCUUCUUCGAGUCA